AGAACCGGCGCGGCGGCGUAGUACACCCGCAGAGCGCUCCAAAAAGGUUGCUUCAUUCGGGCACUAUCGGUCGCGUCGGAGCGUAUGUGCGACCAACGCGUGCGUAAAAUCGUAUUUAUAAACGAUUGUUUCGUAUUCCGUGUUUCGCAAUCUAUUUUGAGUAAACAAAACAGUGUGUUCUGUGUCAGUUCGUACUAUAGCUUAUUGCUGUGUAAUGUGACGGUAUGACAAGUGUUUUGAAAAAGUCAAAAGGUACAAAAGGUAAAUCAGAAUCCAUGCAAGAAGACUUGCCUUCGAGAUGGGGGAAUGACUCCCAUGGGAGCAAGGAUGAUGGUCUGAAGCUGAUGAAGUAUAUUGAUGAAAAUAUUAUUGGGAAAGGAAAUGCGUUCUGCGGACCCUUUGGAAGAAGGAAAGUGGUGUACUGUGACUACAGCGGGUCAGGCCGCUCGCUACAUUGGGUUGAGGAGUAUGUGGCCAGAGAUGUCCUGCCCACCCACGCCACUCGAUGCACGGCACUGUCCUACACCUCCGGACAGAGUGAAAUGUACAGGUCGGAAGCGAAGUCGAUAAUCCGCCACGCUGUGGGCGCGUGCCCUGAAGAUGUAGUGGUCCUGGGGGCUACCCUGACCAGGUUCCUGAGAACCCUGCAGCCGCAGAAGGUCACCUUGUUCGUGUCGUCCAGGGAGACAGAGCGACAACUGGCGCCGUGGAGGGAGUGUGGAGCUGAGAUAAUCAAAAUCCCAGAGACAAAGGAAGGCUUUAUAGACUUGAACAAUCUGGAAUCGAGACUCCAGCAAAAUUCCGGUACAGGGAAAAAGAUGAUUGGCUUCUUCCCAGCGGCUUCUAAACUCACAGGAGUCCUAGCUGAUGAUGUGGCCACGACUCUCUUAUUACACCAGUACGGAGCUUGGUCUUUCUGGGAUUAUACACUAGUAGCGCCAUCUUCCUCUGUAGAUAUGAACCCUUCCUUUGCUGGCGUCGAAGAUGAUAUGGUGAAGAAGGAUGCACUCUUCUUCGAAUGCGAGAAGUUUGUCGGCGGCGUUCAAGGACCUAGUGUGGCUGUGGUCAAGAAGGAUGUUUUUAAGAAUACUCCCAUCUUUGCUGAGGAUGUCGAUACGCUGUCAGAGAGGAUUGAAGAGCUGAAGGCUUCGGAAGCGGUUCGAGCAGCCAUCGUGAUGCAGCUCCGCGAUGCUGUUGGCUUGCAGAACAUAGCUGACCGCCAGGACAACAUUACGAGACAAGUCGUAUCGCAUAUAAAGAACACCCCAGAGCUGAUACUCCUCGGCAACGAGUCUUCCACAGUUCGUAGACUGCCAAUCUUCUCCCUGAUGGUGAAGCAUCCGAGAGGAACCUUCCUUCACCAUAACUUUGUGUGCGCAGUCCUCAACGAUGUAUUUGGUAUCCAAGCUAGGGGUGGACUGAAUAGCAAUCUGAACUACGGCUCCGAUAUCCUGGGUAUUGAUGAUCAGCUGCUCAAAGAGUACGAGAAGUUACUUGAUAUUGAAGCACAAAAAGAAGUAGCACGAAUUAGAAAACUAAGUGACGUGAAAGCUCCAGAGGUGCCAAUCCAUAACGAACAUCUGAGACCUGGCUUCUGCAGAGUAUCCCUUCCCUUCUUCAUGUCCGAUGCAGAAGUAGCCUUCGUGCUCGAAGCGCUCAAAAUGGUGGCCACUGAAGGCUGGAAGAUAAUGCCUCAAUACGUCAUCAACCCAGAAACCGGCCAGUGGAGGCACCAUACAUGUUCUGUCCUCAGAGACAGGAAAUCUUUGUAUUCGCUCAAAUUUAAUGAUGGAAAAAUAAGCUCACACGAAAGACGUGUUUCUGGUCCAGGAAUAUUCCCACAAACUUACACAGAAUGUCUACAGACAGCACGGAAUCUGUUCAAUAGGGCUAGAAAGCUAGCAAUGAAAUGCUCGACAGCCGAACCAGAAGUAUCAUUCAAUCCUCGAAUAGAUUACUUGAGAUGGUUCAUGCUACCAAAGGAAGCUCAUGAUCUUCUACUGGGUCGCUCAGGAAACGUCAAGCAUAUUGUGCCAUUUGAUCCUUCUGGUUACACCGGAGCGAGAAAGAGUUUACUUGUCAGCAGGUCUUCCAUAACCUCUUCACCAAUCCUUGGAACGUCAGCCAGACAUUUAAGUUUGUCAGCGAUUGACGAUUGCCAUAUAUUUAGACUGAAACAAAAACAAAAAUUCUAUUCAAGAGAAUCCAGUCUUAGAGAGAAUCUUCCUGAGACAAAAGCGGCCACGCCACCAGUACAGUUUGCAGUGGGAGAAACGGUAUCACCGCUGCAUCUAGCUCCUCAAACAAAUAAGCGACCAGAGCUGAUGAGGUCUAGAUGCUACAGUUUGGGCUCCGAUAGCCCACCAGUUUCACUAAGCCCGCAAACUAGAAUGAAUCUAGGCUUAAAAGAAACUAGUCCUAGCAAUGUAAUAGAAAAGACAAGCAGUUUUUGUAAUUGUGGUAGUCAAACUGAUCUCCAGUCAUUAGAUGAUCCCAUGAUCUCACCCGGAAAAGACUUUCCUUAUAGUGCACAGUCUACGUCAAUAUCAGACUGCAGUCAGAUCGGUCGCAUGUCUCCUGCUACAUCUCUAACAUCGCAUACAUCCGAAGAUAUACAAGCAUAUGUUAAAGAAAUGACUAAAGAAAUUGCAACGGAGAUCAAAUCUGAAAUACGAGAAGUUAUUUCCAAGGUGGAUGAUAUUCUAGAAAACUCAGAUACGCUUGAUCAAUCGAAUCUAAGUUUGAGCUCGAUAUCUAGUCAAAAUGAACGAAAUUCAGUAUCAGUCAUAGAUGUAGCCGAAUAUUUGAUGGGAAUGUCUAAAGAAAUGGCAUCUGAAGUAAAGCACGAAAUACGUGAAAUGGUAAAUCAAGUUGAUGAAAUGAUCUCCCCAGAUUUUGUAGGUUUAUGUUCAAGAAAAAGUUCACCGCCUCAGACGGGUAGACAGAGGAUUGGCUCUGGUCCCGAAUUAGGAUUAGAUUUGAAAAGAGCAACGCAAUCGUUAAAGAAAUGUCCGACUAGUCCCGUGCUUCCUUCGCAAUUUAUUGAUGACGACGAGUCCCGCUAUUGCAAGAGAUCACCAACGCAGUCUCCAAAGUCUCAGUGCACACCAUUACAUGAAGUAUCUGGUCCAAACAGUAUUUCAUUCAAUUCUAGUGAUGCAUCUACACCAGACACUAUCAUCCAAGUAGUGACAUGCCAGAAUUCUCCAGUCUUCCCUAAGUCAUCUAGCUCAAACAAACUAUCUGAUGAUGAAAUUAACUGCAAUGACGUGACGUGCAGACAAUGUAAUAACAAAAAGGCAUGGUGCCAAAAUCCAUCGAUAAGUUCACAAGAUAGUGGAAUAAAUAUGACGUUCACUGAAACGGACUCCUAUUUAGAUUUUGUAAAAUGGCGUACUUCGUCAGACCCAACCACGAAUAAAGCAAAGAAGUUGCAAGGCAGACUUCGUAUGUGCCAGAAAUAUGAGAAAAGUGAAGUGCCAGAUAUUAUAGAGGGUGUUCCUGUUUGUUCAGGCGAUCACAUCCGACAGACAAAGAGAUUCGACGAUACGGACUCAGGGCGAGAUGAUGGAGACAGACAGAACAGGACUUCGUUGGAUUCGAAGCGCUCAAGUCGCUCGUCCAAUGCCUCAUCAAGCUGUUCCGACAGGUCCUCUCUGUCCAGUGGCUAUGGCACGGACCAGAGGCCUUCCAUCGAAGACCAUUGCUUUGAGAGGAGUGAGUCAGAAUGUAGGCUGCUAAAGGAGGCGUGUUGCUGGGAGGAGGAGCAGGACGACAGCAGCGCGUGCAGCGACUCCUCACUCACUGACUUCACUUUCGACGAUGAGGGCAAGUGGCAUUGCCCGCCUAAAGCUAUCUGGAAGUCCACGCUAGAAGCCCUCCACGAGUUCAACAUGGUACGUCCUGGAGACAAAGUUCUGGUUUGCCUGUCCGGAAGUCGAGAGUCCUUAGCCUUGCUCCACACCAUGCACCAAUACCAGUUCUACGCGCGUUCCAAGGGGAUUCAUUUCAGUAUUGGUGCAUUAUUCGUACACGAAGAUAAGUCAGACGUGGACCCUCUCCACCUAAUGGCAUACUGUAGAACUUUGGGAGUGAAGUUCAUAUACCAGGACAAGUUGGAUGAUAUCGACAGUGAGAGACGGGGCAGUGCAAGCAAGGUGUCGGAGCUGCACCGCUGGGCGUCGCACGCGACGCGCCGCCGCGCGUACGCGGCGGCGCGCGCGCACGGCUACGGCGUGGCGGCGCUCGCGCAGAGCCUCGACCACGCCGCCAGGGCCUUCCUCGCCGCCGCACUGCACGCUGGCGAACUGGCUACUACCAAGGCGCACUAUCGAGUCAGAGAGCACGACAUCCGCAUCAUCAGGCCAUUCAUCUACGUUCGCGAGCGAGCGCUGGCAGCGUUCGCGCGCGCGCGGCUGCUGCCUGACUUCAGGGAGGAGCAGCCCACCAGCCCACCCACAGACGACGAACAAGGUAAAAAUCUAGCCCACAUAGAGCGCUCAGUGUCUGAGCCUUGCGGAGCCAAAGAGAAGCUGGCCGUCCGCAGAUGUAUAGACUAUGUCGGCGAGCCUCUGGAGUCUGCGAGAGAUCUGCUGCUCAGCCAGGAAGAAACGCAUCCAUAUAUGUUCAACAGUCUGAAGAAUGCUUUACACCCGUUGAUCAGUGCCAGAAACAUCGAUAAAGAUCUGAAAGAGCAUAGACACAGGAAGAAAUCGGUAAUUCAAAUGAAAAAUGGAGCGCCCGUGUACGAUUCUGAUGAGGGGACUGAAGAGGAGCCGGUGCCAUAGACAACUGUCAAAACUCCCGCCAAAACGUAGUAAAAUAUAGUGUAUUAUUUUGUCGAGACUUUGUGAUUACUCAGUGAUGAUUAUUGUGAUGAGCAUGAUAAUUAAAGCGUUGAUUAAUAUUACUUUAUGUGUGUAUUAUGUACUUUGUUGUGGUUAAGUUUUGAAUGAUAUCACCAUGAUAUUAAAAUGUAUAAAACUUGACUCCGUAAGAAAAGAGAAGGGAUAUAAGAUAGGUAUUUACAUUUAUUGAAUGUAGCAAAGCAACAUCGAAAUAUACCUGUUAUUUUUUGUGCACCACUUUGUGUUCUGAUUGACGGAGUCAGUUUGUAAAAUAAUUUAUAAUUGAAUUAUUUUUGGUAUUGAUAUCAAAGUGCAUUUGUUACAGUCUGCUAUGGAUUAUUAAUUGUUUAAAUUGUUCUGUUAUAUGCUGAGAUUGUACCUAUGAGUGCAAAAAUCAUGCGUUUUCGGCGGCCUAUUUAUUCUACAGAAAUUUUAAAAUUAAUGGAAAUGCGAAAAAUAUGUACUAAAUGUUUCCCAUAAUCUUAGUGUUAUAGGCAUAGUAUUUUUCUGAUAAUGUAGGUGGUAACCACCUAUUUUCGUGUCGUAAGUAUUGUUAGUAGUAUUGGCAAUGCAAAAAUUACAUUAUAAAAACGUCUGGUGGUGAAAUUUAUUGACAUGUAAUAGUUUUCGACCGCCAUCUUUAUGUUUACAGUUGCGUGUCGAAUUUUUGUUUAAUAACAAUAACAAAAGCAAUAUUCCACUAAUUAUUGUCCAAUAUUAUUACAGCUUUGCUUGCUCUUUCGUAAUAUUUAAAAUGAAAGAGAUAGCGAUAAUAUUGGUAUUUGAUUAGUGGAAUACUGCAUUAACCAGUUGAUUAUAAAAUGUGAAAUGCUGGUAUUAUAUUGAUAUUACUGUAUACUGUAUGAUUCGUAGAUAGCAUAUUCUUGUCUACCUGUGUUACAUGAUUGAAUUGAGGGGAUGGAUGUAUGUAGGUAGAUAGAUCCUGAUAUUCUCGAAUAUUCUGCGCGGGAUGGAUUACGUCAGUGAUUGGCCUAAUCUACAUUUACUCUACGAACUAAUAAAAUAUAGUUUAUUUUUGUAUUGAACAACACCAGAGACGAUUUUUAUAUAUAAUGGCAUCGUCGAUUCAAAAUUGAAUACUAUUUAUUAAAAAAGUUUCAUAUUAAACGUAAAGGUUGUAAUGUGUUACAAAUGUUGAAGUCUUGGAGAGUUUUAUGAUUAUUUACUGUUAUAAUCUGUAGCAUUACACGUUAUAGAUCGUUGACAAUGUAGAAAUAUGAAUAUUUAUGGACGUGUAUUAAUAUGUUAAGCCACAAUUCUGACAAAGUCAGAGAUUUCUAUUUCUUCAUCAGUGUAUAGUAUUAUACAUCAGUGUAUAUAAUAUAUAUUCGCUAUUUUUCACUCGGUAAAAAAUAUAAUGAAAAAGCACGAUGCGUUAUUUCGAACGAGUCAGUGGAAGUGAGUGAGAUGGCAUAAAAUGUUGUCAAUAUUGCCUAGUGUGUAAGAUGCUUAAUGGUUGGGAGAAUCAACUUUUCGAUAUCUGUAGGUAACUUUAGUUGUGGACUGUGGAAAAAGCUGAAAAAAAGUCAUUGCAAGGCAAUUUUAGGCGGACUAAUGCCAUUACAUUGAGCUUGAUAUACUUAUGUGAUGAUAAUAUUCUACUAUCAAUAACAAUUAGAUUAAUAUUAACUACAUACAAUUCGUGAUCUACAUGUUGUGGUAGUGGAAUAUAAUCAGGUCGAUGGUACGAUUUUUUUACUGGCAACAUCAACAUUCACGUUCCAUUUUGGAAUUAGGUAUAUUUUCAAUGUCUAAUUUGGAAUAUGGCUGCUGAUGUGAGACUGAUUUCGGUUUAGUUAAUGUAAAACUACUUAUUUUUUAUAUUUUCUUAUAUAACUAACUUCCAAAUUAUUAAUUUGUUUUUUUUUUUUACUUUCAGUUGUUUAAUAUAUUUAGCAACUAUAUUUACUCAUGGCUAAAUAUGUUGAAAUUCCUAUUUAGGUAGGAUACUUCUACGUUGUAAUAUUGAAACAAACGUGUCCCAUAAAAUUGCUUCCAUGAUAAUUGUAUUCAUAUACAUUUUGUCAUAAAAUAAACAUGUUUUAAUAGAAAA